CUAUAAGGUGUCAGGAUGUCGCUGUAUAUUUCUCCAUGGAGGAGUGGGAGUAUUUAGAAGGACACAAGGAUCUGUACAAGGACAUCAUGAUGGAGAAUCACCAGUCCCUCACAUCACCGGUUGAAGACUGGACGAGUGACUCCAAUGGACAUUUCCACUUAUCCUCCUAUCAUGAAGUAGAAGAUAUCACACAAGCUAAUUCAGUAACUCCUAAUUUUUCCUCAGCCCAAGAUCUGUCCAUCGAUACCGCUGGUCAUAAGAAGCCUUCAGCCACUCAAUCAGUUAUUUUCCAAACAAAUAACUGGACAUAGAUGGUGGGAAAUCUUUUCCUGUGAGAAACAUUUUAAAAAGAAAUCUAAUCUUUCUCUACAAGAGAGAAAGGCCAUUACAGGAGAUAAAAGGUCAUUUUCAUGCACAGAAUGUGGAAAAUCUUUUACCAGGAAAUUCAUUCUAGUUGGACAUCAGAGAAUUCACACAGGAGAGAAGCCGUAUUCAUGUUCAGAAUGUGGGAAAUGUUUUAUGUGGAAAGGUUCUCUCAAUAGACACUGAGAGAACUCACACGGGGGAGAAGCUGUUUUCAUGGUCAGAAGGUGGAAAGAGUUUUACCCAGAAAUCAAAUAUUGUGGGACCUCUACCAUGUCAUUCUCAGUAUAAUCUGUUUUCAUGUUCAGAUUGUGGAAAAUGUUUUGGCCACAAGUCAAAACUGGUGAGACAUCUAAGAAUUCACACAGGAGAGAGGCCAUUUUCAUGUUUAGAAUGUGGAAAAUGUUUUAGCCAGAAACCAUGUCUUGUUAGACAUCAGACAACUCACACAGGAGAGAA